UCUUUUCCGGGUGCUGUAGUGCACGGUUGCGCUUGCGUGUGAAAGACGGAAGACGCUGACGGAAAGCUGGAAAGGGACGGACUUCAGGACGGUGGCAGUAAUAGAGGAGCGAGCCGGGUUGGGCUCCGCCGGCCUUCGGAUCUCGCGAGACUUCUUCAUCUCCGCCACGGCCCUGGAGGUGACCGGUUGCGAAAAACAUAGUACAGCGGUGGCACGGGCGACCAUGGAGCCACCUUCUGACCUGGAGGAGGUGAAGAGCGGCGGAACUCAGGGGAAAUCUGACUGCUCCUCCCCGUGCCCGGCAACGGCUGAGGGGCUGGCCCGGGUCUGCGACCUCCGCUUGCAGAGCGACUCGCCUCAGCAGCAGCCUCCGCCGCUGUCGUCGUCACUGCCGCCGCCACCUCCUCAGCCGCCACCGAAGCGAAGUUGGACUCGGCGGCGGCAGCAGCAGCAGCGGCGGCGGCAACUGGGCACGGAAAGUGGUGGCAACGGCAACAACAGCAGUAGCAGCAGUGAAAGCAGCGGCGGUGGCAGCGAAGAGGAAGAGGAGGACGACGAGGAUGAGGAUGAAGAGGAGGAGGAGGAAGACGACGACGAGGAGGAAGACGACGACGAUGACGAGGAAGAGGAAGAGGAGGAAGAAGAGGAAGACGAGGAAGUGUCUGAGGAAUCUGGAACAGACCCUCUUGACAACUUGUGAGGUAGGACGGACUGACAGGAACUUAUUUAGGGUUAUCUAUUGUGUUCUUAAUUUUCUUUAUCGGUCUCACUGAAACUUGUACCUGGGGACAUUUGUCACUUUCCAAUAUUCCAUUGCUGGAAAUGCUACAGCAUCGCUAUGUUACAUUGCUUUGUCAGUAUUUUAAAGAAGGAAUGAUUGAAUAUUAAUGUAUAGUUUCUUCAGAGCAGUGCAUCCUCAGCACUCAUAUAGUUCUGUAUAGUUCUAAAAUAGCUCAGUUUGUUUUAGCUGCAUUUCAUUUGCUUCUGCUGUUCCUUUAAAAACUUUUAAAGAAAAAAUCCUAGCAUGUAUAUGUCUGUUUUAAGCACAGAAGUUUUAAGCACGGAGGACCAACUGCAGAAUGCAGAGAAGCACUAGACAACUUUUUAGAGUUGAGAGAUGAGUGUUUCCACAGCACAGUUUUUAGGUCUGUGUUCUAAAUGUAACAGGAUCCUAUAAAAUACUCCAUCAGUAAUGUAUUAUUAGUGCUGCUCUAUAAUAGCAAAGAGGAACAGUUUCUGUUUCCAUUAAAUAGGUCCUCCCUAACAGUUGUUUCAAUUCAAACUGCAGUUUCUUUUCAUAUUUGCUCUUGUUUUAGUGCUUGUAGAGCAAGUUGUUUUAAGAAAUGGGUGCACCCUUUGCAAACAGACAACCCCAAUAUUGCUUUUGCAUUUAAUUGUUCAGUGCUUCUAAGUUUAUUACAAUAAGAAAUAUUUAAUCUUAUGAAUGUUCUUGAUGGCCUCUGGGUUUCCCUGGUAAAAUAUUUGUCACCUCUCAGACUACUGAUUUUAAUGUGUAUGAAUGUAAUUGUGUAGGAGCUUCCAUUAUGGGGUGGAAACUUAUCCUUAAUCCAUGGCAGUGUUGCACGUUUUGGAUGACUACUUCACAGAACUUUUCACUUAGGCGGGCUUCAUGCACAGAACUGAUUAGUUCGGCUCGCAUGUAUUCUACCAGUCCUCAUUAUGAGAAUCAGCCUACAUUCAUGCUCUUAGGGAAGUUUCCCUAUAUUCUCCUGUGGGAUAUUGCAACAUUUGUAUAGCUACCAGUACUGGGGACUUGAGUCAAGUGACUUGCUCCCAAGUCUGAGUCAAGUUGUGUCAGUGACUUGACUCAGACAUGACUUGGAAGCAAUGAGUGAGUGGCUUGACUCGACUCUAUUGCUUUCACAACUGAGUUGCGAGGGGGGGGGGGGGAGGGGGAGGGGGGGGAAUGGGGAGGGGGGGGGGGGGGGGGGGGGGGUUGCAAUACAGGUUGUGCCUAGGUUACAUCCACUUUAAGUAGUUGAACCCUUCUCUUUCUCAUGUCUUUUGUUCUGGAUGUAUCUGAAGGAAACUUUCUUGUUGUGCUUAUCAUCCCUUGCUAUUAGUUUAUUUUCUGCUUUAGCCUUCCUGAUGCAAUUCCUGCAAUUCCUUGCUAUUUGUUUAUAUUCUUCUUUUGUGGCCUGGCCCUGUUUCCACUUCCUGUUCAAGUUCUUUUUUUCUUUCAGGGUGUCACUUAACCCUUUGUGAAGCCACGUGGUCUUUCUCUGCUGUCUUCUACACAUUUUUCUUGAUGGAAUUGUUUGUAGUUGUGCUUCAAGGAUCUUCCUUUUCAAGAUUUCCCCCCUUAAGGGUGUGUGCCAUGGCACUUUGCUUAUCAUUUUUCUGAAUUCAUUAAAGUUGGCUUUCUUGAAGUCCAAGGCUUCCUUGUUUGGCUCAAGUUACCCUUUGGCUCCUUCAUAAUUGAGAAUUCAAGUAUCACAUGGUCACUAUCCCCCAGAGUUCCCAUGGUUGUUAUUUUGUCCACCAGUCCUCUCUGUUAGUACUAAAUCAAGUAUAGAUUAUCCUCUCGUACCUUCCUCUACUUUCUGCUGGAGAAAGUUGUCGGCAACAUAUGUCAGGAAUCUCUUGGAGGGGCCAUGCUUGGCAGAAUUUUUCUCCCAGCAUAUAACAGGGAAAUUGAAGUCCCCCAUAAUGACUAUAUCAUUCUUCUUGGAAAUGCUGGUGAGUUGCUUUUCAAAGGUUGCAUCCUAGUCCUCUUUUUGCCUGGGUGGACGGUAAUAUAUGCCAACAACUAUGUUUUUCUUAUUUUUUGCUCCCUUUAAGUUUAGCCAGAUGCUUUCAAUAGGACUACUAAGUUUUU